CGUCAGUUUCUCUUCGCAAGCAGUAUUAUCGUGUUUUAUACUUUGAUGGAUUUUUGAAUGAGAAUUAAUUGAUUUUACUUAAUAAUGGGUGCCAUAUAUAAAUUAAGGAGAUUAAUUUAAUCCUCGAAAUUACAAAUGGCUGCGGAGUCGCUCCUGAAAACGGGCAAGCAUUCGAAGUAUACAUCGUAUAGGAAAAUCUUGUAUCAUAGGUUUUUCGUCGGCCUACUCUUGUUUAUAGUGAUAUCCUUAGUGUUUACUGUGGUGUUUAACGCGUUUUCCGGUAGUUCGCCGCGGAUAGAUGUGUAUCAAGCUGUGAAUUUAGAAUCGACAAGUGCUGAAGUGGUGAAAAUCAGCAGUAGUGCUCUGGAAGCUGAGCCUCGUGUGGCAAACUGCACGUACUGGGAUUGUGUCGAUGUGUACAGAUGCGGGAAAGGCGGGCACAACAAGAUAACAAUAUACAUAUAUCCAUUAAAAGACUAUCAGACUGAAAAUGGGAAUUCUAUAUCACAAUUUUCUAAAGAAUUUUAUAUGAUAUUAAAUACUAUAAAACGUAGUAAAUAUUACACGCCGAACCCUGAGGAGGCGUGCCUGUUAGUACCUAGCAUAGACACUCUGAAUCAGCACAGUUUCUCAAGUAAACAUGUGUCACAAGCGCUGCAGUCGCUGCCACAUUGGCAACACGGUGAAAACCACCUCAUAUUCAACAUGCUGCCGGGUUCCGCACCCAACUACAACACAGUUGUGGACCUCAACACCAGCCGAGCCAUUAUAGCAGGAGCUGGCUUCAACACCUGGACUUUUAGACACAAUUUUGAUGUAUCGAUACCAGUCUACAGUUCCGUUGCAGAGAAAAUUGACAGCACACAACCUGAACAAAAGAAGUACCUUAUUGUUUCUACGCAGCUCAAUAUACCACACAAUUAUUUAGAAGAAUUACAGAAUAUUGCGUCUUCGUCCAAUGAUCUCUUGUUAUUGGGCACCUGUAAGACUGACAAAACAGAUUUCAGUAAACGGUGUGAAUACACGACUGGUAGAGAAUUUGAUUACCCAAAUGUGUUGAAGGAUGGAAUGUUCUGUUUAGUUAUAAGAAGUGCAAGAUUGACUCAAGCUGUUCUAAUGGAUAUUUUAGCUUCUCAGUGUAUACCAAUAGUGAUUGCGGACUCCGUAGUGAUGCCGUUCAACUCUCAUGUUGAUUGGAAUAAAUUAGCUCUGUUCUUAUCAGAGGAUAAUAUAAGGAAUUUGGUUAAAAUAGUGCUUUCAGUGAGUAAAGAGCGCCGCGGGGAGUUGUUUUGGCAGCUGAGAUGGGCAUUUGAUAGAUAUUUUGCUAGCAUAGAGAAGAUAACAUUGACUGCAUUAGAGAUAAUAAAUGAGAAAGUGUUCGCAUUGGCCGCCAGGACAUAUGAGGAGUGGAAUAUGCCUGAACAUUUGUAUGGUCCAGUGAACCCCCUGUUCCUGCCGGUGACGGCUUCCAAAGCAGCCGGCUUCACCGCGGUCAUACUGACGUACGACCGGGUUGACAGCCUGUUCGCCCUGGUGUCCAAACUGGUGCGGACGCCGAGCCUUGCCAAGAUACUCGUCGUGUGGAACAACCAGAAGAAGGCGCCGCCUCCUUCAUCAGAAUGGCCAGUAAUAAACAAGCCAUUGAAAGUGAUUCGAACCAAAGAGAACAAGCUAUCCAAUAGGUUCUUCCCGUACGACGAGAUUGAGACUGAGUGUCAGCUGACCAUUGAUGAUGAUAUCCUCAUGCUGACACCUGAUGAACUGGAGUUUGGUUUCGACGUGUGGCGUGAGUUCCCCGACCGAAUAGUGGGGUUUCCGUCCAGACUGCACGUGUGGGAUAACUCCACUAACUCCUGGCGAUACCACAGCGAGUGGACCAAUCAGAUAUCUAUGGUACUAACGGGCGCAGCGUUCCACCACAAGAUCUGGUCGUGGUAUUACACGUACAAGAUGCCGGCCGAGAUCCGCAGCUGGGUGGACGACAACUUCAACUGUGAGGAUAUCGCCAUGAACUUCUUAGUCGCCAAUGUUACUAGGAAGGCGCCUAUAAAAGUGACGCCUCGCAAAAAAUUCAAAUGUCCAGAAUGCACGAACACAGAAAUGCUAUCCGCGGACGCGCGACACAUGUCUCAGCGCUCCGCCUGCAUCGCGCGGUUCGCCCGCGUGUACGGACACAUGGCCCUCCGCGCGGUCGAGUUCCGCGCGGACCCGCUGCAGUACCGCGAGGCGGGCGCGGGCGUUCCGCAUGCUUAUCCUGAUAUUGGCGCCUUGUAAGGUAAGGUUGGUGGCCCUCUGUUUUAUAGUAUGGGGAUUUUUGUUAUUUUUGAGUUGCGGAAAAUGGGUGAAAAAAUAUAUAAUUCUGAUUGUAAGUUAUUUGUUCAAGAGAAGGUUAAAAUGUUGAGUUAAAAGUAACAGAAACAAAAUUAAUGAAAAAUCAUGUCAAUCCAAAAAUUAUGCCAAUAAGCUGUGACGGUAAUCGCAGUAGGUACAUUUCAGUGAAAUGUUAUAUAAGCUGUGCCUAAUAGGUACACACCAUUUGAAACGACAGUAUAGGAAAUUCCUAUUUUAUAGUGUCGAUCUCAAAAAUGUUAAUGUCAAAAUUGGAUAAAAAUAUCAAAUUAAAUACAAUUCUGCAGUUGGUACCGUCUUAAAGUCUGAAUAAACUGCCAAUUUACCUCGGUAAUUUUAAAAGAAUAGCAUGAAAUAGAUUGUAUAGUAAGUGUAACUUAGCUGGUUACCGGGGUGAAUAAUUUUGAUGACUUUCAAAUAAAUAUCAAUUUCAAAAGAGAAUAUCAAGAAUAUCUGGAUUAUGACCUAGUAUGAGGUAUAUAAAAAUAUUGUACAGAGGGCCCCAAAAAGUUAGAAUUAAAGGAAUGUAGGUGGUACGGACAAUAACAAAUUGAAUGAAGGCUGUAAGAGAAAUUAAAUGGGAUUUCGUCCCCAAUACCAGGGUAUGUAGUGUAAAACUGCCAUUAUUUCAUUAAAUAACCCCCACACACCCCCUAUUAUGUUUACGGUAGAAAGUUUAUACUUUUAAUCUGAAAGUCAAUUCACUGCCUCUGAAUAAAUAUGAUAUACUUACCAAAUAUAUGUGUUCUAUUAACGUUGUAAAUAAUAUUGUUUGAUUAAGAUAUUUUUUUAAUUAAUUUUCAAACAAUAAAAAUAAAAUCAGAAUAUUUAUUUGUAAGAUAGAGGCAUAUCACACGAAUUAUUCAAAUGUGCAUUUACAAAUGAUAAAUAUAAUAUCAUGUAUACGUAAUUAUGUCUUUUUUACAAUGGUAUAUUUAUUUCUCCAUAUAAACUAUUCUACCGUAAAUAUACAGUCCUCGCGAAGUGUUUGCGAUACGUAAAUAUAUUUCGCCGCCCAAAAUCCCUUAUAUCCUUAUUUAAGGACUCGUGUUGUGAGCUUACUGAUGCCUUCGCAUUUGUUUGACGUUUUACAAUGUCAAAUUAUUAUAGUUAUACACGGAUAUUAUUUGUGAUUAUUUAUUUGUUUAUAUUGAAUGAGCUUUUACUGGCGUGUAUCUUGGAUGGAUUGGUUUAAUUCGACUUUCUUAAAUGUAUUUACGUUUAAAUAAAUAGCAUUUCGAGUCACUUAUUUCUAUGUAUUUUUAAUGAAUGAAUUGAAACAAUUCCUUAAAGAUACGAAAACGCUGAGCUUUUAUAAAAACACGGUCCGUGAUGUAAACGCGUAAUAAUAACACAAACAUAUCCGAAUACAAUACAGUAAAAUAGCGAGUAUUGUGUGUUUCAAAUGAUUUCAUAUCUUAAACUGAUAUUUAUGAACGCGACUGUACUUUUUUGCCAAAAUAGUAAGCAUAUGUCAUUUUUUAAAAAUUUUAUUUGUAUAAAAAAACCUUAAAAAUAAUUGUCUGAACAAAAAAAAUAAUUUUUAAUUAUUAAAAAAAAAAAAAACAUUUUUAUGUAAAUACAUGGCGUCCAUAAAUAUCGGUAUUUAAGAUAACCUCGUAACUUGCCAUUCCUUUUAACAGUAUAAAAUAAUUUUGUCUAUGACAAUAAGUUUGUAAGUAGUUAGUAAAUAUCCCAAAUUGGUUUCAUGUCAAUUCUUACUAUUAAAUAUUGAUGUGUUUUUCACGUUAUAUGCCAAAAUCUUGGAGAGUAUUUCAUUUAAGAACUUAGUUCAAGUUUCAUUGAUGGAUCGAAAAAAAUAUAUUUUUGAGUUUGAACAAUUUUGGCAUACAACUUGAAAAUAAAAAAUAAAUGUUUAAAUGUAAUGCCAUCUGUCCUUAGGUGAGUAAAGAAAUGAUAUUCUAAAGAGUUAGUGAAGGUAAAUAGUAAUAUAUAGACGUAUAGCGAAAUAGUCCAUCUUGACAUAUCGGUGCUUGCGCGAGAAGUAAUCUAAUUCCUAAUAAUUUUAAUUCUGUAGAUAUUAUUAUGUAUUAAUAUUAUAUAUGUAAGAAACGCACGAUAUAUAAGUAGUGAGAUAUAAAUAGAUUUUAUUAGUGUAUAAUUUAUGCGAAAUUAUAUAUGUGUAUUUUAUUAUAUUUUUUGUAUUUACCCUUUUUUGAAUAGGGUGUAAAAGUUAAUAGAAAGACUCAAAACAUAUUUGUGACUUGGAUCACUGAUUCCGAAUGUUAGAUUCAAACUGGCACUCAAAUGAAAAUUUAGAAUUUUCAACUAUUAUUUUGUCUAAAAAUUAAUUUGGUUCUUAAUGAGGAAAGAAUAGCUUUCUUUAUACAUCUAUCCGAAACUAUCCGUGCUUCUACCGCAAAAAAAUUGUAGAUGAUUAUUUAAGCUAAUUAACUAUGGUUGGUUAGUAAAUACUUUUACUACACCUAACCGUUGUCGAGUUUUAUUUUGUACUUUUUAUAUAUUAUGUGCAUGUACCAAUGAAUUUUAACAAUUCUACCAUUUUUACUUUUUAGAACGAAGUUUUCUAAAAUAAAAACAGCAAAAAGUACACACAUUUAAUAAUUAAUACUAAAAUCACUUGAUCAAAUUGUUUACUUUCUAUCAAUGAACUAUAAUUUUUCAUAAUAUAUUUUUUUUUAUGAACUUUUUAUUUGUUGACUCACAUUUCUUUAUCAAUUUUCAACAUAAUUAUGUAAUCUAACUACACGUAUCUACUAUAUAAGUUUUACAAAUUUUAUAAAUAUUUCUUUGUAACGUUAUAAAAUUUUGUGAAAAUGAUCAAAAUUUUUUAAUAUUAACUAAUAUAAUUUAACAGACUGAAUUACAAGCUACUAGGUGUGUAGCUGUUAAAUAAAUACAUUUUAGAUGUUUUUCUUUUAAAUGUUAGCCAAAGACCUUAACGACUAGUCGCAGAGAUGUAUUUAUUUUCGCAUUUAAUUAUAUUAAGUGGAUGCUCUGUCGUUGUGUUGUUACCAAAACUGUCAAGUGUCAGACUGAAGAGUGUUUUAUGUAGUAGAGUUAUGCUAGAUGCUAGGUAGAUGGUGAUUAGGUGAUCUGCCACGGGGAUUUACAGUGACAUUGACGAAAUACCACCUGGGAAUCUUCGAGUGAAGUAACGAAUACGAAAAAAAGGACGAAUGAAAAAUGUAUAUUUAACUAGAGUUUGUACAGUUAAAUUCCUUAUAAAUUGUAUUAUGAACCUCUGUUCGUACUGCGUUCGUAUUUGAUACCUUUAUUUCUGCUUAACCCUUUUAGACAUUUUAUUUUUAUGAUUUGACCGCCAAUUCGAAAAACGACCGAUUACAGAUUCCAGUGAUGUAUUUUAUUUGGAUUUUAGGAUAAAAUUAAGAUAAUUUGCUUGUCAAUGUCACUUUGAAUUAACGUUUAAUGCAAAAUGUAGAAACAUUAGAUUGGCCUACAUAAGUGUGACUAGUUAAAAAAUGAAAAAUAAUUGAUUAAUUAAAGGGAGAUAUUUCUCAAAUCAAUAACUUAUUUGUAUAAUAAAUAACUAAAUUAUACAAAUAAAUUAUUGAAUCAAUCAAAGUUUCAAAUUAUUAUUUCAUUUUUGAAAACCAAAAUAGUAUGGGAUCUUACUACAGAAAACUUUAUUUUUAGUUCACUGUCGAAACUUGAUGUCAAAGUUUUUGACCGACUUUGCCAGAAGGAGGUAUAUGUUUUCAAUGAAAUCUUACCGGGGCGAAAUGAAGUCUAAAAAACUAUGGCCUUGAGUUUACAGUGGACUAAAAACAUUUUGUAAUAAAAGAGUAUACGUUUUAUUUUUAGCGUCUCGCAGGUCCCAAGUACACUUGUGUAUAAAAGCAUUGUAAUUUUAUGUAACAUAUUAAACAUAGGCAGAAAGAUAUAGUAAGUAGUCAUUAAAAACAAAUGACUUUAGAAGAAAUUGAGUAACAAAUAUUUUAAAGUAUGAUGUACAUAUUUUAUUGUUGUGUUUCUGACAUUUUUAAUUUUUUAUAACCUGUGGGACUCUGUAUUAUCGAAACUGAAGCAGCUAUUUUUGUAUGUCGCUUUAGUUAAUGUAAUGUUUAGAUUGUAAGUAAUAAAUGUUUAUUUGUUGCAAACAAUAUGGAUGUUAUAUUUGUUUCUACAGUUACAUGCAUAAAUAUGUAAAUAAUGAGUAACUUGCAUAUAGAUAAAAAAUAACUGACCGAAUUUUCUGUGGUAUUAUCAUUCGGAAAAAUUGCGAAAAAGAAAUAAGUGACUUCAGCGGUAAUAGUUUUAUGGAGAUUAUCAAAAAGUUCAAAACAAAUGAAAUACUCGAAGAAAAAUAAUUUAACUAAAAUAUUAUAACAACUUCAAUAUUUAUGCAUGUGACUGUACCGCAUUUAACUGUCCAUAAGAUGUUUGUUGACAUUUUUGUAAUAUCUGUGUAGAUAAAUGUUUUAGAAUAAAUAAUAAUUAAUGUAAGUACUUAAUAGUUGAAUUUGUUGCGAUCAUGUACAGCAUGUAAAUAGUACACAUAUACUGUGAAUAAAAGGAGACAUAUCAAUUUGUA